AUGGACCGGCGGGGAAGGGAGCGGCGUGGCGGCGGGCAAGGCACGCGGAGCGGAGCCGCGGGCGCCGCGCACCGGGCACCGCGGGCGGGCUCGGAGGCCGAGAGGGAGGGAAGGAAAUGCGCACGGUCCAACCACUUGCUGCUACCGCCGCCGCCGCCGCCGCUGCCCCAGCUCCCGCCGGCCGCACCCACCUGCCACCCGGGGUCCGCCCCCGACCGGCCCCGAGCGCGCGCUCACUCUCAGCCUCACGCACCCACGCGCCGUGCGCCCGCGACUACUGCAGCCUUUGGGUCACCGCCCAACUCCCGCCCGCUCCCUGGGAUCCAGGAAAGGUGCCCGGCCCAAUUUACAAAUAAGGUCCCUCAGGCCAAGAGGGACCCCAGGGUCUGGGAGUGUCCGAGCUGGCAGCCAGCCGAACAAUCUAAGUCUGUCCCCAACCCGCCCAGCUGGGGCUGGACUGGGGAGCUGCGGACCCUUGCCCUGUUCCGGCCCAACCAAGGGAGGGAGCCUGGGAACCUUUCACGCGAAGAGAGCCCGACUUUAUACUUCCCCUCCCUCCCCCAAAGAAAGGGAGAAGGCAGGAGGAGGGCCUACGGGAGACUUGGUGGGGAAAGUAAGCUGCAGGGUUUCAGGGAAGGACCAGGCAAAGAAGUCAGCGCUCGCGCGGGGCUUCCGGAGCGGACACAGUGCUGCGGCCCGGCUGUCUGGAAGGGAGGGAAGCGGGCGGGGGUGCUUUCCUGGUACCAGGGUAAGAGCGAGCAGGAACACGAGGCUACCUUGCAAGUCUCCAGCCCCUGGAAAUUUCGACAACCGGGGCAGCCCGAAGCUCGUGGCAAAAGGUACACUCCAGGUCCCCCUCACCUUUAUUCAUGA